CACUCAUAUCGACAAGAGGAAUCUAUCAAGGUUACAUAAAAUAAACCUGUACAGUACGAAACGAUUAUCGAGUAUGUAAUGUUAAGUAACAUUAGACAAUCCGUGCCCGUGUAAAAAUGUUCCUCACAGUUUACUGAAGUCACUCGGAAGCCUGUUUGUGAAGCCCAGGCUGUCGGUACUCCCUUCUGAGUCAUGCACUGAAGCAAAACAAAUCUGCCCAUAGCAGCAAAGCUAACAAGACGUCGAACACGCGAGUGCCUGUUGGGGUUCUCUUAAUACCCACCUACCUCUGACUUUGUGGUCUCCCAUCACUGCACUGCCACCUGUGUCUCAAAGCUGGACGCCAUGGCUGCUAACAAGAAUGCUCUGGCCCUUCAUAAAGUGAUAAUGGUGGGCAGUGGUGGCGUUGGCAAGUCAGCAUUAACACUGCAGUUUAUGUAUGAUGAGUUUGUGGAAGACUAUGAGCCCACUAAAGCCGACAGCUACAGAAAAAAAGUGGUUCUAGAUGGAGAGGAAGUCCAAAUCGACAUCCUUGACACAGCUGGUCAGGAGGACUACGCUGCCAUUCGAGAUAAUUAUUUCCGCAGUGGAGAGGGAUUUCUCUGUGUGUUCUCCAUCACAGAAUCAGAAUCUUUUGCUGCUACUGCUGAUCUCAGAGAUCAGAUCAUUCGUGUGAAAGAGAAGGAAAAUGUACCUUUCCUACUGGUGGGAAAUAAGUCAGACUUGGAGGACCGACGACAGGUUGGGGUGGAGGAGGCCAAAGCCAGAGCAGAUCAGUGGGGAGUCAGCUACGUCGAGACUUCUGCCAAAACCCGUGCCAACGUCGAUAAGGUGUUUUUUGAUCUCAUGCGUGAGAUCAGAGCCAGAAAAAUGGAAGAUGGCCAAAAGAAAGAUGAAAAUAAGAGAAAAAGUUUGGUAAAGAGGAUUCGGGAAAGAUGUUGCAUUUUAUAAUGACAGAGUCCAUCUGCACUACAAAAAUGAAACCCAUCAGGUUUCACCAAGCUACGAUCUCUAUCUAUGUCUGUUUCUUUGUGUUUUUUUAAUGGGUAUGAAAGGAUAGAAUAUCUGAUACUCAAAUGGUGUCAAAGGUCUGACAUAUCAAAUAAGAACAUUUCAUAGCUCAAGCACACCAUACUGAAGAACUAAAAAGCAGUUAACUCCAAUAUUGUGCAUUAAUCUUCAGCCAUUGCAAUGCCAUUUACUUUGGUUGCUUUCAACUUUGAAUGUGACAGAUUCAGGAACAGAUAAAAUGCUAAAUACUAGCACUAGGUAUGUAAAAAAUACUAUUCUGCCCACUUAAAAAAAGUUACAAAAUUACAGCUAUGCCUAGACUAACAAUCAUAUCUAAUUAUUACUCUAGAAAAAGAACACUUGCUUAAUGAUAGCUAACUGGGUUAAACCCAGUAAUUGAUCUGGAGUUUAUUCUUGAUGGUCUGUUUUUACCAAAACACUUUAAAAGUGUUAAGGCAAAAGAUUUCAGCGAUGAUGACUUAAGUCUGUGUUGUCACCCUCCUUCAUUUCAUCAUAAAUAUCCCAAGCCUAACAGUGCAUAUACUGUGUGAGCUAAACAGAACUCCACAUAUGCACAUUUCAAAUAUUUGCAGUCAAAAGGGCUAUUUGACAUUCCUGUGUUUAUGUGGCAGCAGAAUGACGGUUUCUUUAAUGCUGUUGAUGUGUUCAUAAUGACAUUUUGCUAUUUAGAAAAGAACAUCAUUGAUGUGGGUCUAGUUUACUGUGAAAAACAGGCUGGAAUGUUGCUUUAUUACACAGACUGAAUUGUGUACUAUAUUAUAACUUAUAUGCAAUUUUCUUGGAACUUUUAUCCUGUGUAAUUAUAUUUUCUAUUGUAAAUUAAAACAUUUCUGAAUUUUAGUUCUUUGGGGUUUAGAAUUUAAUUUUGUGACGUUUAACUUGCUCAUACUACGAAACUCUAAAUGUUCUGGACAGAAAGUGGGUUUUAAACACUUGGCCCUAAUGGCUACUGUGCAGAUUAUCCCAGAUAAUAACAUUGCUUUGAAUAACUAGAUUCCACCCUAAUGUUUCAUGUGAAAAUAUAUGUAGAUUGUACAAUUUCUUUUUACACUAUUCUAGUACCUACCAAACAUGUUACUUUUAUAUUACCAUCUGCAGGUACCGCAACUACACUGCUUUUUCAAUGCCAACUGUGUAAUUUAGUAAUCUGUUUUUUUGCACUGUGGUCUCUUUUCUUGAUCAGCUUAGUUAUAGCGGGUUAAUACCAUUGAACAAAGCUCAUCAUUGGUCUGUUUGCGCUAGAUGCAUGCCAUGGGGUAAUGAUGCUAACAAUAUUAACAGCUGAUGCCUCAAGAGACCCCAACUCUGUCUUGGAGUUUACAGUACCUUUUGAUAUAAGCUUGUAUUGCUUAUUUAUCGAUUUAGCUGAAAUUGUAAUAUAUGCAGAGUGUCUCAAAUCCUGCACAUGCAAAUUUGAAACAUGAGGUAGUUUACGAAGGCCAAAUUAGAACAGAACCAGAAGAUGACCAAGAAGAAUACACAGAUGUUAUGUAUUAUUACAACAGCUAAUCAACUACAAUUUAUGAUGUGAAUGUAAAUAAAAAGUUAACAUUCAUGCAGAUUGAAUUUAAAAUGUUAUGUGUACCAUUACAUUAAUAAAAUCUAUUUUUGUAGCCCUCUAA